GGGCCGGGCUCAGGUGUACCGGAAGGCGGCCGGGUGGCCGGCGGCGCUGGGAGCAGUAUGUGCCGUGGCUGCCACUGUCGCUUCGACGCGGCCCAGGGGCCCCGCCGGCUCAUGCGCGCCGGCCUCGCCUUGAUCUUAGUGGGGCACGUGAACUUGUUGGUGGGAGCCGUGCUUCACGGCACCGUCCUGCGGCACGUGUCGAGUCCCGGCGGAACCAUCACCCCCGAGUACACCGCGGCCAACGUCGUCUCCGUGGGCUCGGGCCUUCUGAGCGUAGCCGCGGGACUCGUGGCGCUGCUGGCCUCCAGGAACCUCCUGCUGACCGCGCUGCACUGGGCCCUGCUGGCCGUGUCCCUGCUGAACCUGCUCUUGUCCGCCGCCUGCUCCCUGGGGCUGCUGCUCGCGUUCUCCCUGACCGUGGCCAACGGGGGCCGUCGCCUGCUGGCCCAGUGCUAUCCGAGCCUCUCCGACCCUCUGGCACCCGCGGACGACUGCCCGUUUGACCCCACCCGCAUCUACGAGACCGCGCUGGCGCUCUGGCUCCCGUCUGUGUUCAUGGCUGCGGCCGAGGCUGCUCUGUCCGGGUACUGCUGUGCGGCUGCCCUUGCGCUUCGGGGGUUCCAGCCCUGUGGGGAGGAAGGACUGCUGCAACAGCUUCAGGAACUAGAAGAGCCCGAAUUCCCCAAGGGGAAAAGGCAAGAAAAUGAACAGCUUUUGGAGCAAAGUCAAGAAAUCCAGGCUGGGAGGAAAAACUGGGUUUAGCAACAGCAGUUCUUGCGAUUGGAGCUGACAAGCCCGAGGUGACAUUUUUUUCCCUCCUAAAACCAUGCAAAAACCCAGAUUGUGACGAUGUAAAUAAUUGUAAUAAAAGACUUUCUUUUCUUU